AUGCCCAAGAAGGUCUGGGAUGUAGGUCCUGGAGACGGGAAUUCUCCCUCCCUCACUCUUGCAUCCCUAGGGCUCAUUGGUGUCCUAAGGCUUAAGACAUUUGCCGAACUGGAGGACUGGAAUGAAAUCGACCCAAUUAAAAAGAAAGACCUUCAUCACAGCAACGGGGAUGAGAAAGGACAAAGCAUGGAGACCCUCCCUCCAGGAAAAGUGCGGUGGCGGGACUUCAACCAGGAAGCUUACGUUGGAGGGACAAUGGUCCGCUCGGGGCAGGACCCCUAUGCCCGCAACAAAUUCAACCAAGUGGAAAGCGAUAAGCUGCGAAUGGACAGAGCCGUACCUGACACCAGGCAUGACCAGUGUCAGCGGAAGCAGUGGCGGGUGGACCUGCCGGCCACCAGCGUGGUGAUCACGUUCCACAACGAAGCCAGGUCGGCCUUGCUGAGGACAGUGGUCAGUGUGCUUAAGAAAAGCCCGCCCCACCUCAUCAGAGAGAUCAUCUUGGUGGAUGAUUACAGCAAUGAUCCGGAGGACGGGGCUCUCUUGGGGAAAAUUGAGAAGGUGCGUGUUCUCAGAAAUGAUCGGCGAGAAGGCCUGAUGCGCUCGCGGGUCCGGGGGGCCGAUGCGGCCCAGGCCAAGGUCCUGACGUUCCUGGACAGCCACUGUGAGUGCAACGAGCACUGGCUGGAGCCCCUCCUGGAGCGGGUGGCUGAGGACAGGACUCGGGUAGUUUCCCCCAUUAUCGAUGUUAUUAACAUGGACAACUUCCAGUACGUGGGAGCAUCUGCUGACCUGAAAGGCGGUUUUGACUGGAACUUGGUAUUCAAGUGGGAUUACAUGACGCCUGAGCAGAGAAGAUCCCGGCAAGGGAACCCGGUCGCCCCCAUAAAAACACCUAUGAUUGCUGGUGGGCUGUUCGUGAUGGACAAGCUCUAUUUUGAAGAACUGGGGAAGUACGACAUGAUGAUGGAUGUGUGGGGCGGAGAAAACCUGGAGAUCUCGUUCCGCGUGUGGCAGUGUGGCGGCAGCCUGGAGAUCGUUCCCUGCAGCCGCGUGGGGCACGUGUUCCGGAAGCAGCACCCCUACACCUUCCCGGGCGGCAGCGGCACCGUCUUUGCCCGAAACACCCGUCGGGCAGCAGAGGUCUGGAUGGACGAAUACAAAAAUUUCUAUUACGCAGCAGUGCCUUCUGCCAGAAACGUUCCUUAUGGGAACAUUCAGAGCCGACUGGAGCUUCGGAAAAAACUGAACUGCAAGCCUUUCAAAUGGUACCUCGAAAAUGUCUACCCAGAACUAAGGGUUCCUGACCACCAGGACAUAGCCUUUGGGGCCUUGCAGCAGGGAACCAACUGCCUGGAUACCUUGGGACAUUUUGCUGAUGGUGUGGUCGGGGUUUACGAGUGCCACAACGCAGGGGGUAAUCAGGAAUGGGCCUUAACGAAGGAGAAAUCGGUGAAGCACAUGGACUUGUGCCUGACGGUGGUGGACCGGACGCCCGGCUCGGUCAUAAAGCUGCAGGGCUGCCGGGAAAAUGACAGCAGACAGAAAUGGGAGCAGAUCGAGGGCAACUCCAAGCUGCGACACGUGGGCAGCAACCUGUGCCUGGACAGCCGCGCGGCCAAGAGCGGCGGCCUGAGUGUGGAGGUGUGCAGCCCCGCGCUGUCCCAGCAAUGGAAGUUCACGCUCAACCUGCAGCAGUAGGAGCAGGGGCCGCCCGCCUGCCGCGCCCAUCCCGUAUCGAGUAUGUUUCUUGAACUUUCCGCGAAACUAUAUACCUCAGUAUUCCAUCAUGGUCUGAAAGUCGGAGAGCUCCUGUGAGGCGCGGGGCCCGGGUGGACACGGCAGAGGCCCGGCCCCCUGGCCCCGGACGAGCACCCCUCCUCCCCCGCCCCCCGGACAGCGGAGAAGCAGCCUGAACGCGUAGGGGGAGGGGGGCGCAGGGGUGUCGUUGCUACGUCAUCAGGAGGAGGACUGUCUGGAAAUCGCAUCUUUGAUCCCAUCGAAAUCACGUCCGGUUUCCACAGCAGCGCACCAUGUCACUCUGCAGGUUGACUAGCACCCCUAUCCCUGCCCCUCGUGCCCAGCCGUCUCCCCAGCACAGUCCCCUCUUCCACAUGAUGUGCUUGCUGUUUCUGGUAUGAACUUCUCCACGGUGGGACACUAAAUACAAGUAUAUAGAAAGAAAGAAUGUACGGUCAGUUCCCUAUGGUUUCUGUAGGUUGUUCUCAUCUUGUCAGUUCUGCCCAGAGCAGUCCACAGCUGAAAGGAAGCGGGCCGGGACGCUCCCAGAGGGAGGCGGGGCUCUCCUGCGCCCCCGGAGCGGCCUCGUGAGCUGGUGCUGCGGGGAAGCGGGGGGGCUGCGCCUGCGCAGGGCACCUUUGUUGGCUUCAGCUGGGAAGUCCCACCAGGUGUCGGAAUCCACAUUUCAUGCCCGCGGUCUCUGUAGACUUCAGUGGGUUGCUUCUUGUAGCAGACAUUGCUUUGGGUCUUUUUAAAUUCAAUUUCCUUUCUCUUAGGGAAAAAACUAACAAAACCAAACCCCCAUUCCCGAGGCCCUCAGUGGGUGAUGGGAGGAAGCUGUUGGAGACCCACUGCUGGCUCAUCCUGGGAGUCUGGGCAAGCUGGCAAGGCCCCGCAGAGUCCUCCUUGCUUUUGCGGCGGCCCUGCACGCAGUGACAGAGUGGCUCCUUGGUCAUUCUCGCGGCCACUCCCUCCUCCUCCUCCCCUUGCCUGCCGGCUGCCCAUAUGUGUGUGCGGCCCCAGAGAGGCUCCACCCCAGGCCGCCCACAGCUGCCGUGUAGGGUGGGGGCGUGCCUCAGGCAUGCACGUCCUCAGCCCCGACGGGGAGAGACGGGGAGGUCAUAGUGAGAAGUGACCCCAGAACAUUCUGCCAGGUUGACACUCCACAAGGGCCACUCUCCUGCCUGCCUGUCCUUCUAGGCAAGGGGACAUUUGUGGUCUGUUUUCCCCACCGUGUUUGCUCUGAGACACUGGGGCCAGGCCUAGGGGUGCAGCUGGAUGACUGUCCCAUGUCUUCCUUCCUGCCCCCCUGCCAAGCAACCAGGACAGGGAGGCCCUAGCUGGCUUGACCCUGCACACCUGUGUCUUCAGAGGCUGGCCUUGACUCCAGGGAGGCCCCUGGGGAGGGUGCCCCGGACCUGCUCAAGGCCUUGGGGCACAGGCGGGCCGGGACCCAGUCUCGACGUGGCACUCAGCCCGAGCACCUGGCUUCCAUGGGCAGGCUGUCACCUGUGUGCUGGUCCCAGGGUUAGGAAGAAACCCCCCACUGCUAGAAAACUAAUUUGGCUUUGAUGUAAAAUUUAAUCAGGUUCUUGAGCGUUCUUCACUCCCCCACCCCACCCCCACCAGAACUCUCACCAGCCUCCUACCAUCGGGUUGGCCCACUCGGCACCGGAAGGGGCUUCUCCCCAUCCCUGUGCUGGUGGGGGCGGCGGCCCGGGACCAGGUGAGUGUUGGGAAGCAGAGGCGGGCCCGGGCGACUCCCUCGAGGUGAGCUAUGUUUACAUGACCCAGUGUGCCAAAGUGACUUACUGUGGUUGCGUUAUUUUUUAGUCAUCGGGACGAUCCCACCCUCUCCCGUUUUUACAAGUACAGAUUCUUUCCUAAGAGCCCUUUGAGCAAAGCGUGGCGAAGGUAGUCGUCCUCUCUGUGGUGGUCUUUCUUAUGUCCUCAUAAACGCUAAAACGAUGGUAUCUGUGAGUAUGUUUUGCAAAUUCAAAAUAUAGUUUGGUAAUUUUUUUUCCAGUUGAUUUUUAAAAAGAACUGCUGUACAGAGCUUGUACUUUGUCCGUUUUAUAGAUGGAAACCAUCCUUGAAAAUUGUUUAACUUAAAUAAAGAGAAGAUACUUUAUAGAUAA